AACUUCACCCGAACAGCUGGGCUGCCAUCCAAUGCUUCGAGAUGGUUUGUGAGUAUCUAGAGCUCCCGAUCUCUGUGAGCGUUUUCCUUUACCUCUUUCUUCUUACGAACCCUUCUCAGGAGGGGAAGACAAAAAAAGGAUACAUGUCCUUUAGGCCUCAACAAGGCCGCAGAAUCUUUGGCCUUUUUGAAGACUCUUUCCAUGGUUUUAAGUCUACCUUCUUCAAAGUUAGGCCGGUUGAAGGUCAUCAGCCCUUCUGGCUUACUACUGAGGGGGAACGGCGGAUCCCAACCUAUUGGAGUUUUGGGGCGGGAUCUGAUUACUUAAUAAAAGUAUCCUAUGACUGGUUGAGCCCAGAGGAUCGUAACAUCGCUGACAUCUUGUUGGCUAUUUUUGGCGAAAAGAACCUUAAUCCUCAUAUGGUUAUGGGGGACCGGGAGACCGGUCGGUCUUAUGUUGUUUCUAUGGCUGGUGGGAAGACUACCCUUGCUGAGCUGAUGAGCCUCAUCUAAGAUGGUGAUGGUGAUGAAGACUCUUCGACAACCC